AAAAAAAGAAAAAAAAAAAGUAAGAAGGCGGGUUUUAACUAGGGUUUUGAAUCAAACACAGCUGCUCUUUCUUUUGUGGUCUUCUGCUUUCAUCGAAGCUAUGUCCAUUUUUCUGAAACAAUUUUGUGGCAGAGAAAGCUCUCAAUUUCCAAUAGAAACUCUCUCCUUCGCAUCAUAGCAAUCGCUUCUGCCGGGUCGGGUCUUUUGUAUGCCAAUAGCAACUCAAAUUCCAGAGCAAAUGUAGCAGUGAAGGUUCCUGUGGCUCUGCAGGAAUCACUAUCGCAACCAUGGCGAAUUACGCAAUACAUAUUUCCCUGCCCUUCGUUACUUUCAUCGGAUCAAUGGCAACCUGGAAUGCUUCCAUUAUUUUCUUCUAGAGUUGGUUCGGCUCCAUCAUCGGAUAUAAAGAAAGACAAUUCUGGGGCAGUUGGAGGUGACCCCAAACCAUGUUGCAAUUGUUUGGGGAGAGAUACAAUUGCAAAUGCUGCCGCUAGGGUUGGUCCUGCUGUAGUAAAUCUUUCGGUUCCACAGGGUUUCUAUGGCAUCACUAAUGGAAAGAGUAUAGGGUCAGGAACUAUAAUUGAUCAGGAUGGUACAAUUUUAACAUGUGCUCAUGUUGUGGUUGAUUUUCAAGGCAUGAGGGGUUCAGUCAAAGGAAAGGUAGAUGUGACUUUGCAAGAUGGUCGGACAUUUGAAGGUACAGUAGUAAAUGCUGAUUUACAUUCUGAUAUUGCAAUUGUAAAGAUACAUUCAAAAACCCCGCUUCCGACUGCAACACUUGGCUCUUCCAGUAAGCUUCGUCCUGGGGACUGGGUUGUUGCUAUGGGAUGUCCACUUUCUCUUCAGAAUACCAUCACAGCUGGUAUUGUUAGUUGUGUUGACCGUAAAAGCAGUGACUUGGGCCUGGGCGGAAUACGGAGAGAGUAUUUACAGACGGAUUGUGCAAUUAAUGCGGGAAAUUCUGGGGGGCCCCUUGUCAAUGUUGAUGGAGAAAUUAUUGGUGUAAAUAUUAUGAAAGUGCUUGCUGCUGAUGGACUGAGUUUUGCUGUUCCAGUUGAUUCGGUCUUUAAAAUUAUACACCAUUUCAAGAAAAGUGGAAGGGUGGUUCGACCUUGGCUUGGACUGAAAAUGGUUGAUCUUAACGAGAUGAUCAUUGCACAGCUUAAAGAAAGAGAUAACACAUUUCCAAAUGUCAAUAAGGGUGUUCUUGUACCUAUGGUGACUCCUGGAUGCCCUGCUGAUCGUGCUGGAUUUCGUCCUGGCGAUGUUGUGAUUGAAUUUGAUGGGAAACCUGUUGAAAGCAUCAAGGAGAUUAUUGAAAUAAUGGGGGACAGAGUUGGAGUACCCAUGAUAGUGGCUGUGAAAAGAGCUAAGGAUAAUUUGGUCACUUUGACAGUAAUUCCAGAGGAAUCCAAAUCAGAUAUGUGACAGAUAACUACUCUCCUAUUCAAGACAUAUACAUUGGUUAGAUCUUUUGUAUUACCAGUACAUUAGCAGGAGAGUUUCAUAAUUUAACCUUUAGGUUUCUUUUUUUAAAACUUAUUACUUAUAAUUUUUUUUAAUCUUUAGGUUUCUAGUUUUCGUGUUCUUUUUAGCUUAUUCCUUUAGGCUUUGUUUAGGAGUUCAUAAAGGAAUGAAAUGGAAUGUUAAAAAAGGAAGGAAAAUGAAUGGAGUGGAAUGUAUUUAAGUAAGAGAAAUGAAUAGAGUUGAAUUAAGUGGCAU